AUAGAGCUGGUUUAUUCAUCUGUAGCGAUCCGGGACGGGAUGCUCCGCCGACGCUGCUGGAAUGCCAUGAAAGGAGCUUGGCAGUUACAUUUGUACGAACUAACAGCUUUGUUAAGAAAAGUUUCAUCAAGUUCUUGGAUACGCUUUGCGAUAAACUGGAAUAACUGAUAGGUUGUUUUGGACAUCUUGAACGGGGACGUUGUUCGGCUUUUCACAAGUUUAGACAGCUAGCUAGCUAACGCUACGCCGACGUUUGCUAACGUUAGCGCAACAGCUUUAGCCUAGCCUGCUAGGUAAAUAUUACGACUGCCUUCGGAGUUUCUUAUAUCUGCGUCCACGUUGUCAAUAUAAGACCUGUGGCGUUAGUGCUUUUUUUGUACCAUCAUUUUAUUGAUUGACAUAUUAAGCUUCGCUCCUACAAGAUGGGUGUUUUUUUGUUACGUUACACACAAAGCUAAGGCUAGUUAGCCUGUACGUAUGCUAGCGUACAUUAGCUAGCUAACGUUGCCGAGCCAGCCAGCAACUUCGGCAGUAGUUUCGGCGAGCUAACCACGACAGUAUUGUCGCCCACAAUCAACCGCUGUUGCAAAAAGCAGUCAACCUGCAGUGAUGUUUGAAAUGGAGACACACAUAUCGUGCCUUUUCCCGGAGAUCCUUGCCAUUAUUUUCAGUUAUCUUGACGUUAAAGACAAAGGAAGAGUAGCCCAAGUGUGCGCGGCCUGGAGAGACGCGUCCUACCACAAGUCGGUGUGGAGGGGGGUGGAAGCCAAGCUACAUCUGCGGCGAGCAAAUCCGUCUCUGUUCCCCAGUCUGCAGACCAGGGGAAUAAAAAAAGUUCAGAUUCUCAGCUUAAGACGAAGUCUGAGCUACGUGAUUCAAGGAAUGCCGCACAUCGAAAGCCUGAACUUGUGUGGAUGUUUCAACCUGACAGACAACGGACUCGGACAUGCCUUUGUGCAGGACAUCCCAUCCCUGCGGGUGCUGAACCUUAGUCUUUGUAAACAGAUCACUGACUCCAGCCUGGGCAGGAUUGCCCAGUACCUUAAAAACCUGGAGGUGCUUGAACUUGGUGGCUGCAGCAACAUCACAAACACCGGCCUGUUGCUCGUUGCCUGGGGACUGCACAGACUUAAAAGCCUUAACCUGCGCAGCUGUAGGCAUGUGUCCGAUGUGGGUAUUGGACACCUGUCUGGCAUGACCCGCAGCGCAGCAGAAGGCUGCCUGUCUCUGGAGAAGUUAACCUUGCAGGACUGCCAGAAGCUGACGGACCUUUCUCUCAAACAUGUCUCAAAGGGCCUAAACAAGCUCAAAGUGCUCAACCUCAGCUUCUGUGGAGGGAUAUCAGAUGCAGGGAUGAUCCACCUGUCCCAUAUGACUCAUCUGUGCAGCCUGAACCUGCGGUCGUGUGAUAACAUCAGUGAUACAGGGAUAAUGCAUCUGGCCAUGGGCUCCCUCCGGCUGUCUGGACUCGAUGUCUCUUUCUGUGACAAGAUCGGAGACCAGAGCCUGGCUUACAUCGCCCAGGGGUUGUACCAGCUCAAGUCCCUCUCUCUUUGUUCCUGUCAUAUCAGUGAUGAUGGCAUUAACAGGAUGGUACGCCAGAUGCAUGAACUCAAAACUCUCAACAUUGGACAGUGUGUUAGGAUCACAGACAAAGGGUUGGAGUUGAUAGCUGAUCACCUCACCCAGCUGACAGGGAUUGAUCUGUACGGUUGUACUAAGAUCACCAAGAGGGGUCUGGAGAGGAUAACGCAGCUCCCGUGCCUUAAAGUGUUAAACCUGGGACUGUGGCAGAUGACUGAGAGUGAGAGAGUGAGGUGAAAUCUCUUAUUUAGUAUACAUGUGCUUCACUGUGUAUAGUGUUCAGUUGUGUACUGAAAGGGACUGCCUGAAUCCCCUCCUAAUCUUACAUUCUAUACUGUGACUGAAAACAAGGAGACGGACUCAGCAUUGAUCACUGGAAUAUUGUUCACUUCUGCUGCAAUACUCCACUAUAAGUUUCAGUUUUAUGCUCUCAUUGUUUAAUCUCAGCCUGUGUACAGUUCUUGCUAUCUAGCUACCUCAGCCAUCAAACACAGGAGUGCCUACAAUCGCUGAAUACUAAUUACAUAGCAUAUUUUUGUGACUCGCGUACCAAUGGAGAUUUCGAUAUUUACACAAAAAAAUCUCAUUGCAGAAUAAUAGCUACUAGGCAUUUUAACUCUUAACAGAAACUGCAACUUUUGAUAGUCUUUUUUUUUGGCUGGUGUAUUUUUAACUUGUGUAACCAAUAUGUUUUGUAUUGAGUGGCUGUUGACAAAAUUGUACUUCAAAUUGAAGUGGGUGGAUCACUCCUAUCUGUUUUCUGUUUACAUGUGUAUAGUUGGCUAUGUUUCAUAUUCCUGAGGAAAUAAGUAUGCAUCAGAUGUUCCAGUAUGCUACUCUGUCAAAGGUUCAUCAACACAACUACAAUAAGGUGUAGUAAUUAACAGCUGCCAAGGCUAUAUGCAAUACCUUAAAACUGUUUUAACAGUGUUUUUUCUCCUGAGGAGCUUCCAUCUAUAGUGUCAGAGUAUUUCUUUAAAAAAAAGAAACAGUAAUUUAAGAUUGUUUUAUAUUCAUACAGUAGUGAUAUUUAUGAAUAAAGAUGGCAAAUAUGUUUCAA